AUCAUUGGUACACAAUGUGCGACUCGACAUUGUGAGGCAUGUAGCAAAUUCUUGUGUAGGACGUGGGAAAAAUACGUCUCACUGUGCUCUUGGUUGUACUGUUCGUUUGGUGCAGUGGACACCCGGUGAUAAGGCGCAUGAGGGCGAGUUCACUGCAAACCCCAAUUCUUGCAGAAUCCCUGAAACUCCCUCCUCUGUACAAUCACAGCCAACAGAAUUGACACCGACAUCAAUAUCUCAGCCGGGCGCGGUCCAACAAAAUCACACAAAGCGCAAGGCUCAACACGUCUCUACUACAUCACAGAAGCGCUCCAGAAUGGGGCCUUCGGCGAUUUCGAACAUGGGAAAGGACUCCGCUGAGGCCAGGAGCCAGCUCAUUGUUCGCUUCUACGAUCCAGACAUCAAGGCCAACGAUGCGAAAAAUCGCACGCUAGAGGAGAUCCUAUCAUGGCCGGAUUCUCAGCUUGAGUCCUCACACAACUACAUUCAGAUGCUAUUUCCAUUGCCAGAGGGUUCCAUGUUUAACUGGGAUGCACCUGUCAUUGAUCUUGCGGUUAUGCAAGCAUUCCGGUCGCGAAGUGAGCUUCGCCAUCAGCUGCGUCGGAGUUUUGAGCGCAUGCUCAAGUUUUAUGGCUUCAGGGUAUCAACGACUCUAGAGAACAAUUCGGACAAAGACGCUAUCUCUGAAGCUACCCAGACUGGCGUGAAUACGGACUCUCCCAUUAAUGCAGAUACCUCUGCUUCCGGGGUCAAGGCAAUCCCAAAAGAGCCCGCUUUCCCUCCUGGAGCUCACAAAAACAUGUCAGUCUCCAAUACGCUGCCGUACCACAUUGUCCGCGCCUCCAACUGGCGUAAACAAUUCCAGAACUGGGCCGGCUUGUUUGACCACAAUCACCUCCGCCUCACGCGCAUCCUCCGCUGUCUUCGUGUGCUGGGUCUGCAGCAAGAAUGCGAGGCCUUUUUCAAGGCUCUGGAACAUGCAUUCCAUGACCCCGAGACCAGGAUAAGUGAAAAGUCCAUGGGCUUCUGGCGGUUGGCUGUUACCCGCCCGCUGCAGUGGGCGCCCGAUGGCCAGAAGUGCAAGUGGCUGGAGGCCUGGCAGCAGGAGCAGGAGAGUAAAAAGUGA